CAAUAAUUCUUCGCGCGGGAGAUAACUCCUCCAUUUCACCUUCCUAUUAGCGUCCGUGACAUCGCUAACGGCAGAGCGAGGCUUUUGUCCUCUGUGUUUCGACGCGACUUUUUUUUUACGAAAACUAUUAAUUGCUGCUUUGCUGAAAAGAAACAUAGAGACUAACUAUCUUUUCUGUUGAGAGAGUUUUAUUGUGCCUGAUUUUUUCCGGUCGUUGAACUCGCGGCUUUUUCCGUUUCCUUUUAUAAGGCAUAACAUUUCAUUCUUUAACGACACAAGAUGAAAAAAGAUAUUGAAACAGAAUCUGCAGCAUUGGAUGAGGUCGAAGGCUCACUCGAGCCACCAACGUUCGAAGAUGCCGGCCAAGCAAUCUCUCAGGGUAAACGACAUCUACUUGUACGUGAUUAUAGUUUGGCAGUUUCAACUCUUGCUGAAGGUGUUGGAAUGCUUGCCAAUCAGCAUGGAGAAAUGGCUGAUGAGCUAGCCGAGCCCUAUGUGCUCUAUGGAAAAGCUUUGCUCUUUUUGGCUAGAGAGGAAGCUGGUAUUCUUGGAACUGGUGUUCCAUGUGCUGAGGAAGAGGAUGAGGAGGAAGAUGAAGUAGAAGAGCCUGACGAGAAAGACAAAGAGAAAGAUACAGAAAAUGUUAAAAAAGCUGUCACGGAAGAAACAAAUACUGAAGCUGAUAAGGAAAAAGAAAAAUCCGUCGAAGUUAAAGAAAAACCAGCAGCAGAAAAAUCUAAAUUAGAAGAACCUGUUGCAGGAGGAAGUGGGUCAUCCAGUGCAGGACCAAGUGAUACAUUGACUUCAAAGAUGAAUGGUGAAGCAUCCACUUCUGGUUUUCAGAAAAAUGGCGAGGUACACGAUAACAGCGAUGACGAAUGUGAAGAUGGGGAUGAUGUGGAUGGGGAAGAUGAUGAUGCUAAUAGUAACCUAAGGAUUGCAUGGGAGGUUCUUGAAUUAGCCAAGCUUAUCCUUAUCAAGCGUGGACCACCUGGAUGGAAAUUGCUCGCUGAUACUCACAGGCUACUGGGGGAAAUUUCAAUGGAAGGUGGAAAUCAACCUGCAGCUCUCACUGAUCUAAAUGCUUGCUUGGAUUUUUUGAAAAAGAUUGAGCCUGUUGAUCCAAGAAGUAUGGCUGAAACGCAUUAUCAGUUAGGUUUGGCAUACUCUCUUGGCAACGACUUUGAUGCAAGUAUAGAGCAAUUUUCGAUGGCUACUUCACUUCUUCAAACGCGUAUCAAAGAUCUGGAAUCAUCUACCGAGGAAACGGCGGCCGAGGAGAUCAAGGAACUAAAAGAGCUGCUCCCGGAAAUUCAGGACAAGAUCACCGAUAUGAAAGAUUUCAAGUCAGAAGCUGCCAAGUUGGUUCUUGAGAAGAUCAAAGCUAUAAGCGGUGGUAGUUGUUCCAAUGGUGCUGAUUCCAGUGGCGAAGGCACUUCGUCCUCGUCUAGCGCGACAAUUACGUCGACGAAAGAAGUCAAACAAGCCAGUGAUAUCUCACAUCUUGUUAGAAAAAAGAGGAAACAGGAGAAUGACGAGGAAGAGGAGGCUACUAGCUCACCAUGCAAAAAACCUUUGUGUGAAAAGUCCGCGUAAACUAUUUUCCGUUUAAUUCUUUUUGUUUAUUGUCUUGAUGUAAGUUUUUUUUUUUUUUUUUUUUAAUUUUAAACCAUGUAACACUUUCAAUAAACGAUCACCUUUAGUAAUAGUCUCACCAGUAUAGUGGAUAAGUUUGUAAAGAUUAGACUGUAAGUUCACACUUUCCUUUUUCCAGAUUUUGUUACUUGUACGUAACAGUGAAAUCGUGCGAUUCAUGCUUUUUUUUAUAAAUGCUGUCAACAAAUUUCAAAUACGUUAAGAUUACUGUAUUUUUAAAUAUCUCAUUAACUUAAGUUGAAACUUCUGAUAAUAAAGAACAAAUAAACGAUUUUAAGCUGUCUCUAA